AGCAUUUAAUACAGAAAAAUUUCCUUGUGAAGUCAGUUCAUUCUGAUGCAAUCCUGCAAUGAGUAAAUUUUCUUAUGGUCACAGGGCCACAAAAUUGCACCAUGGCAAGCUGGAGGGUCCAAAACGGUGGACACUAUCAUAGCUUAACUGUCUUGUCAGCUAUAACACAGAGGGACUUGAUUUCUUAUUUCAUCCAUUCAUAUUCCUCUUAAAGCUGGAGUGGCAGCUGCUGUCUGGUCAGUUUAUCAAGUGGCAUGAUGGCAGCAAAGAAGCCAUGACCAAUAUUUGUUUAAGUCAGAUAAGGAAAUCCCAAAUUAAAAAAGUUUGGAGGAUGACAAUGAUGAAUGAUUUCAACCCUAACCCUACUGUAUUGUAGCAGACAUGCUUGUAGUACCACAAUCACUAAUGAAAGUGUGAAACCAGGACAGUCUUUUGGCGUGUGUGUGCAAGCAUCCAAAUGUGUGUGUAUGUAAAUGCAUGCUAUAUUUCACUGCUGGUUUGUGUUCACCAGAAUGUGAAUGUCCCACUGAGACUUGCUUCCAGACAAACAGGCCUUUGAAUGAGGAAGAAGGGUGCUUUGUCAGACACAAGCGUUAGGAUUGUUCCAUACAGCGAGAGUGUGUGCGUGUUUGUUAUGUGUGUGUGUGUGUGUGUGUGUGAAAGCGAUUAUGUGUGUCUCUUUGAGAGAAAGAGUGUAUGUCUGUGAGGAAGAGAUUGUGUGUGAGGGAUUGUUUGAGACAGAGAGUGGCGUGGCUGUGUGUAUGUGUGUUUUGUGUGUGUGUGUGUGUGUGUAAGAGAGACAUUGACUUAGAGAGGAAAAACAGUACAAGUGUUUGGUAUUUCUGUCUGCAUUUCAGUCUGAUAUCAACAGACAGGGAGUGUGUGUACGCGUGCAUUCUGUAUGUGUGUUUUGUGUUUUUUUCUGCUGCUGUUGGUCAAAAUGGAAGCAAAGCAGCUCAAACACACGACAGCAUCUCGCACAGCUACAGUUCAUGCGGCCACACUCAGCUGCUGAAAGAGCGCAUCGUUUGUAUUGUUGCAUCUCUGGUCUCCUCCUUCCCUCCUCCUCCUUUCCCCUCCCUUCACUCAUCCAUCCAUCCGUCCACCCCCUCUGCUCUCCACACACGCACACCGAUUUGCGCAUCGCCUCCUCCGGCACAAUGACCAACGAUUCCCCGGAGGAGGAGACCCGAGUUCCAGGCGGCGGCGGCGGCGGCGGAGGAGGAGGAGGUGGGAAAGGAAUCGCACGAAGAAACCGGGCGGACGACAAUGUCACCAUCCUGACAUCCUCCAUGGAUUUACACAGAGCCAGCCGGAGCCGCGCCAGCAGCAGCAACGAUGCCGCCCCGAGCCUCACAUCCUCUGUGGAUCUCAGCACCUCCUCCCUGGAGCUGAGCAUCCAGACGCGGAUCUUUAAGAUCAUCGUCAUCGGGGACUCCAACGUGGGGAAGACCUGCCUCACCUUCCGCUUCACCGGGGGGAGCUUCCCCGAAAAGACAGAGGCCACCAUCGGCGUGGAUUUCAGGGAGAAGGCGGUGGAGAUUGAAGGAGAGACUAUCAAGGUGCAGGUAUGGGACACAGCAGGCCAGGAGCGCUUUCGUAAAUCUAUGGUGGAACACUACUACCGCAAUGUCCAUGCAGUGGUCUUUGUGUAUGACGUCACUAAGAUGACUUCCUUCCGCAACCUACAGACAUGGAUAGAGGAGUGUAAUGGCCAUCGGGUGUCAGCAUCAGUACCUCGAGUCCUGGUGGGAAACAAGUGUGACCUCGUAAACCAAAUACAGGUUCCCUCCAACAUGGCGUUGAAGUUCGCUGACGCCCACAACAUGCUGCUGUUUGAGACGUCGGCCAAGGACCCGAGGGAGAGUCAGAACGUCGACUCCAUCUUCAUGUCGCUGGCCUGCCGCCUGAAGGCCCAGAAAUCCCUGCUCUACAGAGACGUGGAGAGAGAGGACGGAAGAGUCCGACUCACACAAGAGACUGAAACAAAGAGUAAUUGUCCUUGUUGAGGAAAAGGAGGAGUGGGAGGCGUAAUGGAGGGGAAGAGAGAAGAGUAACUGUACAUGUCAAGGAAGAGGAGGAGAGGGAUGAUGGGAGAGUGAGGCUAAUACAAGAGUCUUUUAAAUUAAGUGCAACUUUUCUGGUUUAGGACAAGGAUUGGGGGUUGAAGUUGUCACUAAGAACAUGUGUUUCACGGAAGAGGAGGAUAGGGUGGAAACAGUGACACUGGAGCAAGAAACAUCAUCAAUAUUCUUGUUUGUGAGGAUGAGGAUAGGAAGGAAAGAGGGUGGCGAAGACAGAGGGAAAAGAGAUAAAAAAGGAUUGGGGGUUGACGCAUUUAUUAACAAUUCAGAAAUGAGACAAUGUUGCCUUUUAGACUACAGUAGAAAUUCUUCCAUGUAUUCAAACAUAGACAGAAACUGAGUGCUUUCAAUGUGCCCAGUGCACAGGCAAACACAACACGAUUAACAUAUGAGUCAUUUGAGGAUCUGUGUUUAUCACAGCCUUUAUUAACAGCAACAUUCUGAGGCAACACAUUAGAACUGUCCUAUUUUUGCUGCCUUGUCCUUACUGAUUUCCAUCCACAUCCUAGCUUGAAAGCAGCAUCUCUCGACCUUUAUCUACUGCCUUAAAAAGCUGCCUCUGUCUUGGUUCAAAGAAAUCAAUCAAGAUGAUUUUGGUUCAUACAACCAACCAAACACUCUGGCAGCCUCUUAAAAGGAAAUAUAAACUAUUUUAGAGGGAGGACUCUUUUUGUGUCAGUUUUAAUGUACCUGAUGCCUAUCUAGGUCAAUCGUUCACAAGUAGGACACUUAAAAAUCACUGUGAGAUCACAAAUACAUUGGAAAGAUGAGAAAACACAUCUUAGAGAACGUUAAUGUGGAGAAAUUAGGGGCAAAAGGGGCAGGUGAGCUCAAGGGACCUGUGCAGGAAGACCUUGACAACAAGGUUUCCUGCAAAUGGACCAUCUAGAGGUUGUCAGGCAGAAUGUCGCGUAUUGAUUUAGAGGCUGUAAGAUCCUCUUACCCUCAUGUAGGAGAAUGCAGUCUCCUACAAAGAAGAGCCGUCAUGGGAAGGUUCCUUUUUCUCAUCUAAACCCGAUGUAAACAUAUCCCCUCCACGCUUAACUUCUAGCACAGUGGCUUAUCCAGUUUUCCCUUUGUGUGCAAAUGCAAAAAACAUCUAGUCGUUGCCGUACGUGACUUUCAAGAUAGCCAAUCCGCCACCGCAAUUCCAUAUUCUGUAUAUUUUUGAAAGUAAAGGCCUUCUGUCUGUCUUAGACGAUGUGAUCUCCACAUCAAUAUCACUGCCUCCAGUCUCAGAGAGGGCAGGAAUGAUGAUAGAAAACUGUGACCCCUGUAUGCAUAAUGGAUAUAUUUAUAUUGCUACACAGCCUGAGCCUGGAUGUACACUAUGAGCGGACUUAAGCCUGGUGUGUGUAUAAAGGAAGUCCAGGAGUAUCUAAGCCAUGGAUGAUACAGGCUGCAUGAAUCCCUGUAGAAAGCCAUAUUUAUUAUUUAUUGUCCACAGAGAUGCAGUAUGCUUUACAUUGAGAUAGCUCCCAGAUGAUGUGUUGUGGUUGUAGAAUAACACACUGUACAUAACUCAGUGUUGGAGCUAUGACGCCUUUGUAAUAAGGCAUCAAUCCACAAGCGUCACUGCGAUGCCGUCAAUUAGAUAUAGCAGCAUCCUCGCCAUGUCCUUCCCUAAUUUAACACUAGCCUACUUCUGAGCAAUGCUAUAAAUACAUUUGGAUGCCAUAUGUGAAAAAAUUUAGAUCAGUGAGCAUUUCAGAUGGGUGUUCCCUCCAAGCUGACAGUCUGAUGACCUAAUUAAUUCAUCCCAUCGAGCAAUUUUAACACAUCCAUGGAGCUAUUGUCUGAGCUGUAUCAGGUUUUGUUGAUUUUUUUAGUCAGAAUUUCUCCUCCUCUGUUCUUCUUCUGACAGUGGCAGUGGGAUCAAGCAGCCGGUACAGGCGAAUGAAAUCUGUGACACAAAAAACUGGGAUAACCAUUCAUCCAUUUUCUGAACUGCUUAUUAUUGCCAGGGCUGUAAUACAUGAGUGGUUGGGUACACCCUACAACUUUUUAUCCGUUAACAAAUAACUGUGGCUCUGUUUAACAUUAGGUUAGCAUAAUCUGGCUAAUUUAGUCGUGAUACAUGGGAGACAGCUAGCCUAAUAGGAAGCAAAACAUGGUGUUGGAAAAAGAAGAAUGUGCCUGCAUUUUCUUUUUAUAAUCUUAACCAGAUCUGAAUAAAAUAACAUUUGACUUCAUCACUCAUUAGGCUAUAGUUAUUAUUAUGAAUUUCACAUAUCGCAAUAAGGUGUCUAUCAACUUUCUAUUUCAAAUAUUUGAAAUCAUAACCAAUUUGUUUUUUAUCCAGGUCUAAAGGUUAAGAAUACAAAUGUGCUUGCCUUCCCUUUUUUCCCUGUACAUACACUGUGUUUUAUUUGUUAUAAUAUCUGGCUUUCUUUCUUUCUUUUUUUAACCCAUGUUUUUUCUUAAAGGGAUGCCUUGAAAUUUUGAAAUUUAGUCUGGAUUUCUUCUGCAAAAAGUCACAAUGUUAAAAACCAGGUUACUGUAUGUGGAAUGAAUUUGCUUAUUAAUUGCUUGUGAGAUUGGGGCAGAAUCUCUUGAUGAGUUAUAAAGGGUUGAUAGGAAAUGUAUCUGCAAUUAUUUUGAUAAUUGAUUUAUUGUUCCUGUGAUUUUUCACAACCUUCCUCUGAUUUCAGCUUCACAAAUGUCAAUAUUUGCUGGUUUUCUUUGUUCCAUAUGAAUAUCUUUGGGUUGUAGAC